AUGGUCAGCGCCGCGCGGUCCAAUCUUAUGGCUGCGGGCAUCGAUCCAACGCGGGUACAUCGCAUGCAGGGGUGCGAUCUUUGCGGCGGCCUGGCGAAGUUCCAGGGCGCCCGCUUGCCCGACAAGGUGAAACCGAACCAGUGCGUUAUGCUGGCUUUCCACCGCGCGUUCCUUGAGAGGGCGCAAGGCGAGUUCGACGCCGACCCGUCGCUGCGCUUCGCUCUCUGCGUGGAGGGCGACGCCCGUCUGGCAGCCGGCCAGGGCGCUGCUUCGUUGCAGCGGGCGCUCGGGUCCCCCGCAGCUCGCGCUCCCGUCUUGCUCGGUUUCGAUGACAGAACUAGGUGGCUCAUCUGCGGCGCUCACUGCCUGGCCGUAUCUCGGUCGUCGCUACCCCUCAUCAAAGCCCGAACGUCAAGCGAGUAUUAUGAACGCGGCUACCACGGUCUUGACACCUACUUAUCGUAUUCAUGGUGGCAAGGUGAGGUCCGCAUCCCCGACGAGAAUGUGUUCGCGCAGAUCAAGCAUCGCAGCACGUUCAUCACGCCCGGCCCCGGCUCCUACAUGCCGCAGCCCCACGCCUUCGCGCAGAGAGACAGGACCGCGUUGAUCGACUCUGGACCGAGCAGGGACCCGUUCAGCACCAGCGCCUUCUCGCCUGGCCCGGGGAAGUACAAUUCCAGCAUG